AUGAAGGUGAUAUACCCGUUUGAAGUCGGGCCUGGAAGCAGAUUUUUGUGGCUGGCUGCCUACUAUUUGUGGACGGUUGUCCAUUGGACUGUUGAGGGAGAAGAACCUGCUGCUUCUAAAUCUCCGAAUCUUGCCUUAGAGCAAGAUUUAAGAUCAAGUGACAGAACUUGUUCUAAUGCCAAAGAAGAGACUGAAUCGAGAGGCAAACAAAAUGCUAACGGUUUCCCUUAUUCAGGAUAUAGUUCGUUUGCAGGAGAUACCAAAGCAAACCCUAGACCCUCAGAUGACAAGAACCAUGACAAGUUGGCUAAUAAAGUCCCCCCUGGGGAGGAGACAUGUAAGCUUUUGUGUGAAGCUUCCGUUGAUGUCCCAGUUUUAUAUGAAACCAAUAGCGUUGCAAGUGGCUCUGAUCACAGUUCUAGCAUGCCUCGUGAGGAGUUGUCGCAGGAACUGAAUCCAGAACGCAGCUUGAUGGGCGAAACCACGAACAUGGUUGAAAAACAACAGGGGAGGUAUCCGAGCAGGCACAACAGAAAAAGCAGGGGAAGGGGGCAGAUGAGAUGAAAUUGUGGUUUUUGUUUCGUUGUGCCAUGUCUGUUGUACAUUAGCCCCAUAGAUGGGAUAUUCUAGGCAAGACCCUGUGUAGGAUUGUAGGAAGACUUACGUCUACUUGUGUUGUGCUUUCUCAAAUUGGAAUGUUUUGAUGUUUACAAUAUUUGCUAAGCACUUCGUUUUUAUGAUUAAUCAAGUUAGUGUUAGCUGUCUUCGAGAUUUCACAUAA